CUCCCUCCCCCCCUCCCGCCCGCGCGUGCUGACGAGGAAGAGGGCGGAGGCGGACGAGGAGCCCAGCGCCGCCGCCCGCCUCGCCCCUUCCUCCCCUCAGUCGCUGCCAGACGUUGCCUUGCCGGGGCGGUUUCUCUCCUUCCGCCUAGUCCCCUCAGGCACAACCUUGUCGGGCACCCUUGUUGUCUCCUCCGCCUUCUUGUCCCUUCCCCAGUACCCCUCCACUUCGGCAGCCAUGAACCCCAGCUGCGCCCGCUGCAGCAAGAUCGUUUACCCGACCGAGAAGGUGAACUGCCUCGACAAGUUCUGGCAUAAAGCAUGUUUCCAUUGCGAGGUCUGCAAGAUGACCCUCAACAUGAAGAACUACAAGGGCUAUGAGAAGAAGCCAUACUGCAACGCACACUACCCGAAGCAGUCUUUCACCAUGGUGGCAGACACUCCUGAGAACUUGCGCCUUAAGCAGCAGAGUGAGCUUCAGAGUCAAGUCCGCUACAAGGAAGAGUUUGAAAAGAACAAAGGGAAGGGCUUCAGUGUGGUGGCUGAUACCCCUGAAUUGCAGCGAAUCAAGAAGACUCAGGAUCAAAUCAGCAACAUAAAGUAUCAUGAAGAGUUUGAAAAGAGCCGGAUGGGCACACCUGGUGGAGAGGGAGGGGAACUGGAACGCCGUAACUCCCAGGAGGGCGCCAACUACAGGAGGCCAGUGGAGCAGCAGCCACCGCCCUCGCACCAGCAGCCUCACCAUAUCCAACCAAGUACACCUGCUUACCAUCACCAACCACCACAACAGGCGGCAUCUCAGUCCUAUGGCUACAAGGAGCCAGCAGCACCUGUCUCCAUACAGCGUAACGUCCCAUCUGGAGGAGGGAAGCGGUUCCGUGCAGUCUACGAUUACAAUGCAGCAGAUGAGGAUGAAGUCUCCUUCCAGGACGGCGACACAAUCAUCAAUGUGCAGCAGAUUGAUGAUGGCUGGAUGUAUGGCACUGUUGAGCGGACCGGCGACACAGGCAUGCUUCCGGCCAACUACGUCGAGGCUAUAUGAGCCCUGCUUGGGUGCUGCCCUAGAAGCAAGCAGGGGGAAGGGCUCUCAUCGUGUGCUUCUCAUUCCAUUUUCCCUUCUCUGCUGUCUCUUGUCAUGCAUCAGUUCCUUUUUCUGAGCCUCUGGCAUGGCCAUUUUUUUAUUCUUUUGCCAACAUAGCCUUGUUUUGGAGGCAUUUGACAUUAGGGUGUCUCUCUUGCUCUUUUUAAAAACUAUCCAUGUAAGACUUUUCUGAAAAGACCAGCUGUCCUUCCAUCCUCUCCCUCUGUUUUCAUGGAACUUGGCACUGCGCUCUCUUCCCUCCCCAGGGACCUGCCAUUUUGAGAAGUGAUUUGGAUUCUGAACUAAGUGGGCCUGAUCUAACCCGACUGCUACAUGGGAACAGGAGCUAGGGAGGCCUAAGGGAAUAAACCUGGUGCCAUACUUGCUUUUCAGGCUGUAGGGCCUUGAGUAACUUGAGGAGAGCCUAUAAUCAAUUUUACUUCAGAAAAAUUUGCCCAGGGUGUUUGCAUGUCAACCUUGGUUCACCUUUCUUCCUUCUUGUAACAUUUAUAUAUCAGUUUGACAGAAAUCAAAGGAAAAACAUACUUUGCUUUAAAGCAGGAAAGCCUUUGGUGGAAUUGCCCUCUGCUGUUUGCAUAUUCAAGUCAGUGUCUCUGUAACAUCUACAAGGAAGAUGGUGCUAGAUGCAAAGAAUGGCAGGAGAGGGUAUAGGAGAAGGAAAGUGGCACUUGUAGCAAAUACACCCGAGCAUUGGCUCCUGGAUGCCGGGGUUAAGGAAGAGUGGACGUCUACUUAGACAUGGUUGGGAGAGAGCAUGCACACUCCUCCUGGAGAAAAGCAGUUCGGAGUAGAGAGGGCUCUGCAUGUAGCCUAAGAUCUUGCCACUGAGUAGGAUCAGUCUGUACAGCUCUGCUUUGGUGCUCUACCUCUGGGCUGGAGGAAUUGUGAGGGAGGGACAGCAAUAUUCCAAAUGCUUCUGGCCAUUCCUGCUGCCCCCUCUCCCCCAAGAAGCUUUAGAAUGACUUUUGAGCCAGCCUAUGCAAGAAUCAUCCAGCUAAUGAUGCAUAUAGCCACCUCUCUUAAAGUCUAUGGUGCGUCACAUAUGUGCUUUUUUCCCCCUAUGACCUUAAUUCUGUAGACACCUAACAUAUGAAAAGAGACAGGUGCUUCCCUUAAGAGCCAUUUUACCUGUAGCAGCCCCUUUCAUUCUUAGGCAAGAAGAGCCACGCUUGCUAUGGCAAUGCUAUAUUUGGGACCAGUUCUUCCUUUUUUCUUGGGAAUGUUCGUGGGGAUCCAUCAAAGGUCAACGGAGUGCUUUCCUCCUGAACCCCCCUCCCUCUCUUGUACUUUUUCUGAGCCAAGCAAUGUUUACAGCCCUUUCUCUUCUUUCUACUUCCCUCCAGCCAGCCUGGCAAUUGGAUGAAAGGGUCAGGGGAACACAUACCUUGCACUAGAAAUAUACCUCUCACCCUCUCUUUAGUACCUAGCUGGCUGGUGCGGUUGCUGGCUUAGGAUAGAAUCAUGGACCAAAAGUAACUUGUGUGUUCAUCUUAGAAUGCCAGGGAACUACUCUGUAACUGGAAUUACAUGAGGCCAGGGUAGCCUGCAUAUAUGGGAAGACACAGGCAGGAAAGGGGAGCAAGUUAGGACGCUUGCAUUCCUAACUAGAUCCUUAAAAGUCUUCAUUCUCCCUGUGUAGUAGCUUUUUGCACUACCUUUUAGAGAUCCUCAGAAACUUAGCAAAGUCACUUCUGUGUCAGCAAAGAAGGGCAAAUUUUAUUUGAAAAAGAAACAGGCAACUCAGUAUUCCCCUGCAGAGCCACAGUCCUCUGGAAGUGGCUUGGAUCUGACAGCUAAACUACUUCCAGACAAUUGUGAAGCUAGGCCUCUUCCACACACGUGGGGGACCUGUGGGAAAUCCUUGUCUCUUUAAAUGUAACCUGCAGAGUAACUCUAAGUCGCUUGCUUUGGUAGUAGCCUCUUGUUCUGUGUGGAUCUCUGGAAGUGGGCUUCUUAAAGCUUCUGCUUUUUAACACUGUCUUUCAAUAGUAUGUUGGAGAGGAAGUUGGGUCCACUGAAUUUCCUCCAGUUCCUAGCGUAUCUAAUACCUCUCCAGAACCUGGAACCACACAAGGACCAAACUCUGAAACUUGCAUUGACUGCACAGAUUCUGUGCCAUUCCUCUGCUUCUUGCAUGCAUAUGCUCAUGGUUUGCUUUUCCCUUUCUGUGCCCAGAGGUAUAUCAAGGGUUAACAUCCCCAUAUACCCUCCACUCUUUCUGUGGACUCAAGUGCAAAGAUAAUAAAUGUUGGUAAUAUUAGAAAGCAUCUGCUUUAUAUCUUUGCAAGAGAAGUAAAAAUUAAAGGAGUACUCUCUCCCUAGGUUUUUACAUCCCUCCUUUAAGUUAAAAGUAAUGAGAUGCUUUUUAUUUUCUUCUUUGUACUUUGUGGGCAUGAAUACCUGAGUGUUACCUUCUAAUUUCACUUGACAGGAGAGUUUUAAACCUAUGUCUGCAUCCCUACCACUACCAAAUUAUGAAGCUCUCAAAUACUCCUGCUUUACUUGCAGAUCUCAGCAGCAGAAGUAGUGAUCAACUCGUACAGUUGUGGAAGCACAAACAUUUUUUUCAUUUUUCCCCCAUUGGACACUUUGCACUAGUGAUAAAUGUGUUUAAAAAUGGGUGGGGAGGUUGGGGAAACCUUUCAGUCUCCUCUCCACCAGAUCUGUACCUUCAAAGGGAAAUCUCUUGUUAGAGUCUGGUGCAGAGAGAGUAAUGGCAGUGGCUUUUUCUUCAACCCUUUUAGAUAUCUGCAGGUGUCUGGGGACCUUCUAUCCUUGGGGGUGACCUUUCUCAAGAUGCCAACAAGAGUGACUCAGUUAGUAAGGGGAUGAGGGAGUCACAUUCUUGGUGCUAAGACAGAAGCACAAGCUUAGUGGUGGGUGUUUGUAGCUAAUUAGGAUGAGGCAAAAUCAUGUAUAGACAAUCCUUGAGGACAGCUUUUUUGUGAGGAAGAUUCAAAAUAUCAUAAUGUGAAUAAAUAUUUUUAGAGGACCAAAUAAAAUUACGAUAUUCACUUUUUGACUCUCUCCUAGCUUUUUCACUCCUGCUAUGGAAGAAAGUUUCUCACUGCUUGAUUUAUUUUUCUGCCUUCUUUGACUUAUGCACUUUUGCCUUUUUAUUUUUUCCAAUAGCUGAAAAGCACCUAAACCUGUAUUUAAAUAAAUAAAAUGUUUUUAAAAACUCAACAAAAACAGCUAAGUUGCAUCAGUGUCGCCAUUUUUAUUAAUGUAAAGUCUUGUACAUCUUGGCUUUCCAAGCUAGAUUUCAGUGUCUAUUAGAAUGAUUUUUAAAAAAUGGUUUGGAGUAUAUUUUGGGGGUUUCACCUGUUGUCUGUAUGUUUUCUUCUUUAUGGGCUUGCACGCCCUCUCCAAGAGUCAUUUGGGCCUUUUUCAGUGGCACCAUAAAAUCAAACGUAGUACCAGUUCUCUUCUGGUUUACGCCAAUUUGAAAAUAAAAGUAUAAUUUUUA